UCAAAACAUUGCUGACAUCAUUACCCGAGGAGCCAGCCCUCAAGAUCUUGGUAUUGACUCUAAGUGGCAACAAGGCCCAGCAUUUCUAAAAUCUCCAGUUGAAAAGUGGCCAAUUAAAUCAUCUAAACAACUUGCUAUCGAUGCAAAAGGAAACAUCACCAAGUUGCAAAAGAAGGCAUUCAUUGCUGUAACCACAAGGACUAGGAUAAAGGGAUCAGAGCUCAAACAAGAAUUACCUCAAAAUCAAACGGAGGCCUUGGCAAAGAAGCAGCGGCCAUCUGUGUCCAUACAGAACCUGGUGGAUGUUUGUCGCUUUAGUAGUUUAACACGACUGGUCAAGACAGUUGCCUGGGUUUGGAGAGCGGCAAAGAGAUUCAUUAGAAAAAAUCAAGCUGCAGUUAAACCAAAGUGGGAGGCAGUCUGCUCAACAGGGGUAAUUUCUGUGAGAGAACGAGAAGAUGCUCUCAGGGACAUUUUUCUUGCUGCUCAGAUGAGUGCCAACUUUCCCAGAACAACCAUAGAUAGGUUGGUGGUUUAUCAAGAGAAAAAGUCUGGAUUAUUAGUCUGUGGCGGCAGAGUACAGAUCUUUAGAGAGGACAGAGCUGCAGUUCCCAUCAUACCCCAUGAUGCCUGGGUGUCAACACUGUUGGGCCGAGAAGCUCAUAAUGCUGCACAUGAUGGAGUUGCUGGAACCCUACUGAGGAUGAGGAAAAAAGCCUGGGUUGUAAAAGGAAGGAGGAUAGCCCAAAAGAUUGUUGACAGCUGUAUGGUCUGCAGGAGAGCUCGGGCUCUGAAGUGUCAGCAGGUGAUGGGCGAUUUGCCACCUGAGAGGGCUGAGCCUGCUCCUCCUUUUAAGUUCACCUCAGUCGAUCUCUUCGGGCCUUAUCAUGUCAGAGAUGACGUGAAAAAAAGGGUGACAAUUAAGGUCUGGGGAGUCGUCUUUUGUUGUAUGGCCAGUAGAGCAAUUCACACCGAAUUGGCAAGCUCGCUUUCCACCGAAAGUUUCCUGAUGGCUUAUCAGAGAUUUACUGCAAUCCGAGGUCAUCCACAGAAAAUCUGGUCUGAUGCAGGCACCAAUUUUAUUGGAGCAAAACCAGUUUUGGACGAGAUGUACAAGUAUCUGGGUACCCAAAAUAUAUCAAGUUUGGAAGAAACUGCUGCAAAGAACGGGACUGAGUGGGUGUGGAAGAUCCUUCCCGCAGACUCGCCUCAUAGAAACGGAGCUGCUGAAGCUGCUGUUGGAAUUGUGAAAAGAGCUUUCCAGAGUCUUGGUCAAGAAUUUGCACUAACGUUCAGUGAAUUUCACACAACUCUAUAUAACGCUGCCAAUCUUGCAAAUGAGCGCCCAAUCGAUGCCAGAAUACAGAGUCGAGAGGAUUGUAUUCAGUACAUCACACCUAACAGUCUUUUGCUCGGACGGGCAUCUCAGAGUAGUGAUGUGAAAAUGUUUGAUUUUUCCAGCUAUUCAUUCAAACGACUUGGAGCUAUGCAAAAUGAGGUUACUAAGUUCUGGAACAGUUGGAGGCAGCUGGCUGGUCCCAACCUUUUUGUGAGGAGUAAAUGGCACACUUCCCACAGGAAUGUUGCUGUUGGGGACAUUGUCUGGUUGUGUGACCAAAAUGCACUUAGAGGACAGUUUAUGCUGGGCAAAGUUGUAAGUGCUAAUCCCGACAAGAAGGGUGUUGUGAGGGACGUAAAUGUCCAGGUUGUCCCAAGUUGUUGCACUCCUAUAACAAAACAUGUCAAGCAAAGAUCAGUGCAUCCACCAAAGAAGGAUAAAAUUAACACCACCAUUCUUCACAGGGAUGUUAGGAGGCUCAUCGUCUUAAUACCUGUGGAGGAACAAACAGAAAGUCAAACCACAGAGGAAUAAGACUCCAGAUGUACCCAAAGGCACCAGAACUGCGAUCUUCCCAGUGUUUCAUGGAAAGAUCGAGUGGGAGGUGUGAAGUCAAAUGAGGGGGGAAAAAAAAAAAAAAAAAAAAAAAUGCACUGUGUUUCACACGGACUUAAAAGAGGGACGGACAACAAGGAAGAGAGAGCAGAGAAGAAAGCAAGCCAGACAGACAAAGAGGACGGAAGUUUGGGUGAUCAGAGAUCCUGGACACUUUGUGCAGAGGAGGACAAAUCUGUAAGACGAGCAGAGAGGCAGCCGGUUUUUACCUGCUUCUGGACCAAUUUGCACAUGUCCUGUCAUUCACCAAAUAAAUGGAGGAUAAAAGAA